CCAUAACGAGCCUCUAACAGACAUAUCUUUAUUUUUUAUAAAACAAAAGGAUUCCAGCCCGGUCAAAGCACCUUGUGUUGUGCCUCGUAAAGAUGUACAAAUACAUAGGUGUGCAAAUGUAUAGAUUUAAAAAUGGUGUAAAACUUAACACGCACAUCUCACUAUAGGCAACAUGGAAAACACGCACACACGAUCUACGUGGAUCAAGGAAAACCGUCCAAAAUGUUGCUACCUAAAGUUAACUCUCUGAGUUCAAUCCUUCUCCCCAGAUCAAGCGAGGACCGCACCCCACUUAGGAGUAUCUCAUUUCGGGGAGGCCACGAAUGCGAGUGCUAAAGCGUCUCACGGGACCCGCUCGCGCCUGCGCAGUGUCUCGGUUCGCUCCAGAGGUCGGUUAGGCCCAGUUGUCUCUUGGGAUUUAAACUUAGGACGAACUUCUGCAGAGCGCCGAGGCUACUUCCGGGUUGCUGCGUCGCCCCUCUGCGACGUCACGCUGUCCCGAGCUGCGGGGCGGGGCCUGCGGAGCGCAGCGCUCGCUCGCUCUAAUUCCGGCCCUCAGCCGCGCGCGGCGGCAGUCUCGCGAGACCUCGCCGGCAGCGCACAGCUCCGGGCACUUGCCCUUCCCGAGCCGGCGUCGGCGGCGGAGUGCGCAGGCGCGGCCUUCGGGUUUCCCCGGCUACAGUCGGCGCUUCGGCCCGCUAGUCCGCCGCCGGCUCUUCCGCCGCCCUGCGCCAUGGCGGGCUGCGCGGCGCGGGUUCCGCCGGGCUCCGAGGCGCGCCUCAGCCUCGCUACCUUUCUCCUUGGAGCCUCGGUGCUCGCUCUGCCGCUGCUCACGCGCGCCGGCCUGCAGGGCCGCACCGGGCUGGCGCUCUACGUGGCCGGGCUCAACGCGCUGCUGCUACUGCUCUACCGGCCGCCGCGCUACCAGAUAGCCAUCAGAGCUUGUUUCCUUGGCUUUGUGUUUGGCUGCGGUGUGCUGCUAAGUUUCAGCCAGUCCUCUUGGAAUCACUUUGGCUGGUACGUGUGCUCGCUGUCCCUGUUCCACUAUUCUGAGUACUUAGUGACAGCUGUCAAUAAUCCCAAAAGUCUGUCCUUGGACUCCUUCCUCCUGAAUCACAGUCUGGAGUACACAGUAGCUGCCCUGUCUUCUUGGAUAGAGUUCACGAUUGAAAACAUCUUUUGGCCAGAACUGAAGCAGAUUACCUGGCUCAGCGCCACUGGGCUAUUGAUGGUGGUCUUCGGAGAAUGCCUGAGGAAAGCUGCCAUGUUUACAGCUGGCUCCAACUUCAACCACGUGGUGCAGAGUGAAAAGUCAGACACCCACACUUUGGUGACAAGUGGGGUGUACGCUUGGUGCCGGCACCCCUCCUAUGUGGGCUGGUUUUACUGGAGUAUCGGCACCCAGGUGAUGCUGUGUAAUCCCAUCUGUGGCGUGGUCUAUGCUCUGACGGUGUGGCGCUUCUUCCGGGAUCGCACAGAAGAGGAGGAGAUCUCGCUGAUUCACUUCUUUGGGGAGGAGUACUUGGAUUAUAAGAAGAGGGUGCCCACAGGCCUGCCUUUCAUAAAGGGGGUCAAGGUGGAGCUAUGACGGGUGAGGCCCCGUGGGACCAGGGACUCUCUGGCCCUGCACAGCCUAGGACAAAACUGUUUCAACUUGGGCACUGCAGAGUGAGUUUUCUUAAUUGUUUUAUAUGGAACUGAUUACUCCUCAGAACGUCACCCAGGACCUAAUGUUGAGAAGACCUUAGGUCCAAAGGAGCCACCACAGCCAUCUCCUGCAGGGAAGCAGGCCAAGCAAGGAGCGUGCCAGCCUCUUCCUCAGUGCAGGGUGAUGAGCCAAGCCACAGUCUUACGCCCCUUAGGGCAGGGUGUGUCUGCACGGUGACCAGGACACUGGGGAGGUGGACACUGCCUUUGCAGCACUCAGCCCGCUGGAGGAGUGGUCAGAGUGCCGGAUGUCAGCAUUCAGGAUGCAUAAAAACCUUUCAUUUACCCCACAACACAACCCAGCUUUAACCUUUGUCCGCCCAUGAGUGCAUGAGCAGCUGCGUUAACUCUAAAGACCUCUGCCCUCGGCUCACCCACCUUACAUUUAAUCAUACUUACACACCAAUUUUAUAAAAAUAGCAGUGUAGAUUCCAAGGACACUGAACCUUCCUGCCUCGGAGUUUCUAAGUCCAGCUGGUACACGGCUGCAGGGAGACCCUCAGGUGCCCUGCAGCUUUUGAGUAGCCUUUGAACCUGAGCUGAGGGUAUGGGGCCCCAGGGUUCUCCCAAGGUCCUGGCCUUGGCUUGUCUGUUCCCCUAGGAAGUAAUGUCCAUGCUAACACUGAGAAAGCUGCCCGCCGUGUGCUUUGUGUGUGUGUGUGUGUGUGUGUGUGUGUGUGUGUGUUUGUUCUCAUUUAUCAUAGCUUGUUCAAAGUAAGUCACCCUACUGCUGCAGCAAGUGUUUGCAGAAGGUUCCAGCAUAGCUCACACACCUGCAACUUGAGGCAGAUUAACCCUCAACAGUCCACAGUGGAGAGGCCUGGUUGAGUUUUGUUAGCACCUUUGUUCUGCCGGCCUGGAAGAACAUCGGCUUCCUCUGUGUUUAGCACAAAAGCUUUCAGAGGUGCAGCCCUUGAUUAAUCCUGGACUGGACAAGAGCCUGGUCCUGGUGUGAGGUCCUUCCUCAGAGCUUCUACCUUGAGAUGUAGAAGAGUCUUACAGUCUGCCAAGCUGAGCGCAGCUGGGUGGAGAAUCCAGCAGGAAGAUAUGAGUGUGUCUCAGCUCACACCAGCUCUGAUAAAAGGCGUGCUGAAGGGAUUGGUGUACCUCGCCUUCCCCGCCAGCUCCAGCAGAAUCCAGAUCAGCCUGCAUAGUCCUCUCUGCAGCAGCCAGGUCCUCUCAGACUUGAGAAAAAUCUUUUCCUUCUCCCCUGUACCACUGAGCAGACUUUGCUGGGUUGAAGAAAAAAAUGUAUCUUAAUAUUCCUGGCCUUCAGCCAUCUGGUAAUUCUUGAGUACAGCUCUGUCUUCUCAGGCCUCAGAAGACUCCUUCCUUCACAAGCACACCAGUGCACAGAAGCACACUUGGUAUAUCAGGUCAGGCAAGCCCAGGCCCUAACAGUGGCCAUGGUGUCGCUAAGCAUGCUGGCAGCUUGCUGUGCGUAGGCCAGGUCUCCACCAGGAUACCAAAGUGGGGUUGGUAAUUAAUGCCAAGCUGGAAUCCAGCAGGACGCAAGUCCACAUGGGUGCUGACCUGGGGCUUGAUGUCUGCAGUGGCAGCGUUGGCAUCUUCAGGAACGACGUGACAGUCAGCCGUGCCCCCACGGGGGAUGUUGACUUUGGCGCUCACAGUGUGCUGGAUGGCCGGUUAAACAGGACUGCGGUUCUGUGCCACAGUGAACCGCUGCUGCUGGACUCUAGGCAGCGCUAAUAGGCACGUGUGGCUGGUCUUGGAGGUCUGUCCUGGGAGCGUCAGUUCCUCCACCAAAACUAUUUGAGAAUCCAGAAGCCUCAGUGCCCUGGUCAGUGUAGUAAGCAGCGAAGCUGCCAGGAGAGCCUCAAGCCAGCCCAGCUGCAAGUGUUCCCUGGGCCAGCCUGCAGGCAUCAUGGAUGCUGCAGCCAGGACUCUGAGACCACUUCCCAGCCCUGCAGUGAUGCUGACUUGGGUGGAGGUGGGGGUGUGGCCAGAGCACUGCUCAUUUCCACGCCCUCCUGGGCUGGCGCCUCCCAUUGGGGCGGGGUCGCGACUGCCUCCCUCACAGGGGUGUUGUGGGAAGGUGAGCUAGCUGGAUGACAUAAUGAAAUCUUAAGAGGAGAACCA